AUGCAGAGCAGGUGGUCCCCUCCUCCGACGGGAAUGAUCAAGGUUAAUUUCGACGGGGCCUUAUUCAGGGAUAUAAGGAAAGUUGGUAUCAGAGUGGUAGUUCGAGACAGUAACAGGAAAGCCAUAGCCACUCUGUCCGAACAAGCUAGUCUUCCCUUUUCUUCGGAGAUAGCAGAAGCAAUGGCUGCAGCCAGAGCAGUAUCUUUCGUACAAGGGCUUGGCUUUACUUCAUUCAUUUUGGAAGGAGAUUCAGAUAACGUAAUAAAUACCCUGAAGUUGGAAGAGAUUUCCUUGUCAACCUAUGGUCACAUACUUAGCUCUGCAAAAUCACUAUUGGUAGAUAGAAGUUGUGUAUCUUUUUCCCAUGUUCGCCAUUCUGGAAACAUUGUAGCGCAUAAACUAGCUAAACAUGCUAGACAUGUUAGAGGUUUUUCGGUGUGGACUGAGAAUGCUCCUCCACAUCCGGAUUAUGUAUUUCUAACCGAUCACGGUUAA